GCUGCCGCUGCCGCCGCCGCCGCCGCCGCCGCCGCCGCCGCCGGCCCAUGACUGAGCCCUGCUGCUGCCGGCCGAGGAAUGGGCUCCAGGCUUUGGUAGGCAGCGAAGGGAGUGGGGGACGCUUUUAAACAGCGAUCUUUUUUUUUUUUUUAAAUCUCCUUUAAAAAAAUAAUGGCAAACUCGACUGGGAAGGCGCCGCCGGACCAGCGGAGAAAGGGACUUGCUUUCCUGGACGAGCUGCGGCAGUUCCACCACAGCAGAGGGUCUCCUUUUAAGAAGAUCCCUGCUGUGGGUGGGAAGGAGCUAGAUCUUCACGGUCUCUACACCAGAGUCACUACUUUAGGCGGAUUCGCGAAGGUUUCUGAAAAGAAUCAGUGGGGAGAAAUUGUAGAAGAGUUUAACUUUCCCAGAAGUUGUUCUAAUGCUGCCUUUGCUUUAAAACAGUAUUACUUACGUUAUUUAGAAAAGUACGAGAAAGUUCAUCACUUUGGGGAGGAUGAUGAUGAGGUACCGCCAGGCAAUCCAAAGCCUCAACUUCCUAUUGGUGCAAUUCCAUCUUCCUAUAAUUACCAGCAACACAGUGUGUCAGAUUAUCUUCGUCAAAGCUAUGGGCUAUCUAUGGACUUCAAUUCGCCAAAUGAUUAUAAUAAAUUGGUGCUUUCCCUGUUAUCUGGACUCCCAAAUGAAGUGGACUUUGCUAUUAAUGUAUGCACUCUUCUGUCAAAUGAAAGCAAGCACGUCAUGCAACUUGAAAAAGACCCUAAAAUCAUCACUUUAUUACUUGCUAAUGCUGGGGUGUUUGACGACACUUUAGGAUCAUUUUCUACUGUAUUUGGAGAAGAAUGGAAGGAGAAAACUGAUAGAGAUUUUGUUAAGUUUUGGAAAGAUAUUGUGGACGAUAAUGAAGUACGAGAUCUCAUUUCUGACAAAAACAAAUCUCAAGAAAAUACAUCAGGAGAAUGGAUUUGGGAAUCUUUCUUUCACCCUCCUCGCAAGCUGGGCAUUAAUGAUAUUGAAGGGCAGCGAGUACUCCAGAUAGCAGUGAUUUUGCGAAAUCUCUCCUUUGAGGAGGGCAAUGUUAAACUUCUGGCAGCUAAUCGUACUUGUCUUCGUUUUCUAUUACUUUCUGCUCAUAGUCAUUUUAUUUCUUUAAGACAAUUGGGACUUGACACAUUAGGAAAUAUUGCAGCAGAGCUUCUUUUGGAUCCUGUUGAUUUCAAAACUACUCAUCUAAUGUUUCAUACUGUUACAAAAUGCUUAAUGUCAAGAGAUAGAUUUUUAAAAAUGAGAGGCAUGGAAAUUUUGGGAAAUCUUUGCAAAGCAGAAGAUAAUGGUGUUUUAAUCUGUGAAUAUGUGGAUCAGGAAUCUUACAAAGAGAUCAUUUGUCAUCUCACAUUGCCUGAUGUAUUACUUGUAAUUUCAACUCUUGAGGUGCUAUAUAUGCUCACAGAAAUGGGAGAUGUUGCUUGCACAAAAAUUGCAAAAGUGGAAAAGAGCAUAGAUAUGUUAGUGUGUCUAGUUUCCAUGGACAUCCAGAUGUUUGGAUCUGAAGCACUAACUGCAGUAAAACUUGUUGAGCAUCAAAGCUCUAACCACCAGGUUUUAUCAGAAAUCAGGCCACAGUCAGUAGAGCAUGUUCAAACCCAGAACCAUGUAGCAGCUGUCCCAGCUUCCAGAGCAGUUGUAGCACAGCAUGUUGCUCCACCACCAGGAAUAGUGGAAAUAGAUAGUGAGAAGUUUGCAUGUCAGUGGUUGAAUGCACAUUUUGAAGUGAAUUCAGAUUGUUCAGUCUCUCGAGCAGAAAUGUACUCUGAAUACCUUUCAACCUGUAGUAAAUUAGCCCGUGGUGGAAUCCUGACGUCAACUGGAUUUUAUAAAUGCCUUCGAACGGUCUUUCCAAAUCAUACAGUGAAGAGAGUGGAGGAUCCAAAUAACAAUGGGCAGGCACAUAUACAUGUAGUAGGAGUAAAACGGAGGGCAAUACCACUUCCCAUUCAGAUGUACUAUCAGCAACAACCAACUUCUACACCUGUGGUCCGUGUUGAGUCUGUUCCAGAUGUGUCUCCGACUCCUUCACCAGCAGGAAUUCCACAUGGACCACAAACUAUAGGAAACCAUUUUCAGCGGACUCCUGUUAACAACCAGUCUUCAAAUUUGACUGCAACACAAAUGUCUUUUCCAAUCCAAGGUGUGCAUACUGUGGCACAGACUGUUUCUAGAAUUCCACCAAAUCCUUCAGUUCAUACCCAGCAGCAACAAAAUGCUACAGUGACUGUCAUACAAAAUAAAGCUCCAAUUUCUUGUGAAGUAGUUAAGGCUGCAGUAAUUCAGAAUACUAUUCCCCAAACAGUUUCUGGUAGUAUUGCUGUUGGUGGUGGAGCAGCACAGGCCUCUAUUGUUCAGAAUCAUAAUACAGGACCACAACCAGUGACUGUUGUCAGUUCUCAAACAUUGCUUCAUCAUCCUCCUGUGAUUCAGCAGCAAUCUCCACUACAUGCAGUAGUACCAGGACAAAUAUCCUCGGGCACUCCUGUUACAGUAAUUCAACAAGCUGUACCACAGAGCCAUAUAUUUGGCAGAGUACAGAACAUACCAGCAUGCCCUUCAACUGUUUCACAAGGUCAACAGUUAAUCACCACAUCAUCCCAACCUGUGCAAACUUCAUCUCAACAGUCAUCUUCUAACAACCAGCAGCAAGACACUGUCAUCAUUACACCCCAGCAAUAUGUAACAACUUCGGCAUCCAAUAUCGUCUCUGCUACUUCAGUACAAAGUUUCCAAGUAGCAGCUGGCCAAAUGGUUACGAUAGCUGGAGUACCAAGUCCACAAACCUCCAGGGUAGGAUUUCAGAACAUUGCACCAAAACCCCUCCCUUCUCAGCAAGUUACAUCAACGGUGGUACAGCAACCCAUCCAGCAGCCACAACAGCAAACUCAACAGAGUGUAGUGAUUGUGAGCCAGACAGCUCAGCAAGGUCAAACAUACGCACCAGCCAUUCACCAAAUUGUUCUUGCUAAUCCAACUACGAUCCCAGCUAGUCAAACAGUCCAGUUACCUGGACAGCCAAACUUAACUCCAUCUUCUUCACCAUCACCUGGACCAGUUACAAAUAGCCAAGUCCCGACUGCUAUGUCAUCUCCGCCUUCUACUCCUCAGUCCCAGGGACCUCCUCCAACUGUCAGUCAGAUGCUAUCUGUGAAAAGGCAGCAGCAACAGCAACAUUCACCGGCAUCUCAACCACAGCAGGUACAAGUACAAGUUCAGCAGCCACAACAGGUACAAAUGCAAGUUCAGCCACAGCAGACUAACACAGGAGUUGGUCAGCCUGCCUCUGGUGAAUCUAGUCUGAUAAAACAGUUACUGCUUCCAAAGAGAGGUCCUUCCACUCCAGGUGGUAAACUUAUACUCCCAGCUCCACAGAUUCCUCCUCCUAAUAAUGCAAGAGCUCCUAGCCCUCAGGUGGUUUAUCAGGUGACCAAUAACCAAACACCAGGUUUUGGAGUACAAGGACAGUCUCAAGGUCAGCAGCUGUUGGUUGGGCAGCAAAAUGUUCAGCUGGUACAAAGUGCAAUCCCACCACCAGCGGGAGUACAGACAGUUCCUAUCUCUAACUUACAAAUAUUACCAGGCCCACUGAUCUCAAAUAGUCCAGCAACUAUUUUCCAAGGGACUUCUGGCAACCAGGUUACCAUAACAGUUGUGCCAAAUACUAGUUUUGCUACUGCAACUGUGAGUCAGGGAAAUGCAACUCAGAUCAUUGCUCCAGCAGGGAUUACCAUGAGUGGAACACAAACAGGAGUUGGACUUCAGGUGCAAACACUUCCAGCUACUCAAGCACCUCCAGCUGGACAAUCAUCAUGUGCUACUGCUGCUGCUCCCCCAUUUAAAGGUGAUAAAAUAAUUUGCCAAAAGGAGGAGGAAGCAAAGGAAGCAACAGGUUUACAUGUUCAUGAACGUAAAAUAGAAGUCAUGGAAAACCCAUCCUGCCGAAAAGGAGUUGCAAACACCAGCAAUGGGGAUACAAAAGAAAAUGAAAUAGAGGUGGGAAGUCUUUUAAAUGGGAGAAAGUAUAGUGACUCAAGUCUACCUCCUUCAAACUCAGGGAAAAGUCAAAAUGAGACCGCCCAGUGCUCACAGAUCAGUAAUGGGCCAUCAUUAGAUUUGGGUGAGAAUGGAGCUCCUGGAAAGCAGAACUUGGAACAAAUGGAUACACAGGAAUUCAAAAGUGAUUUGAAGAAACCCCUAGUUAAUGGAAUCUGUGAUUUUGAUAAAGGAGAUGGUUCUCAUUUAAGCAAAAACAUUCCAAAUCACAAAACUUCCAAUCAUGUGGGAAAUGGUGAGAUAUCUCCAGUGGAACAAGGGAAUCUAGAUGCCACUCAGCAAGAUACUGCCAAAGGUGAUCAAAUAGAAAGAAUUUCUAAUGGACCUGUAUUAACUUUGGGUGGGACACCAUCUGUAAGCAGUAUACAGGAGGCCACAAAUGUGAUAACACAGCAACUUAGUGGUACCAACACUGAUUUACCUAAUGGACCUUUAGCUUCAAAUUUGAGUUCAGACGUGCCUCAGCAACGCCCAAGUGUGGUUGUCUCACCACACACUGCAGCCUCUGUUAUACAGGGACAUCCAAUCAUAGCAGUACCCCACUCAGGAUCUAGAGCGUCCCAAUCUCCCUUAUCAUCUGAAGUUCGGUCUACUAAUGGCACAGCAGAAUGCAAAACUGUAAAGAGACCAGCAGAGGAUAUUGAUAGGGAAACAGUUCCAGGAAUUCCAAAUAAAGUAGGAGUUAGAAUUGUUACAAUCAGUGACCCCAAUAAUGCUGGCUGUAGUGCAACAAUGGUUGCAGUACCAGCAGGAGCGGAUCCAAGCACUGUAGCUAAAGUAGCAAUAGAAAGUGCUGUUCACCAAAAGCAGCAGCAUCCACCAACAUAUGUACAGAAUAUAGCCACGCAGAGCACACCUGUGACACCAGUACCAACUGUUCAAGUACAGGGCCAGCAUAA